UCUUAUACUUUCCCCUCUUGCUCUUCUUUAUUUCAAGCUUCAUCCCCUCCUUUACCUGUCGUGUCUACUAGGCAGGGUAAAGGACCUGCACUGUAAAACCUGUGCAGUACUGUCGGGGUUCAUGCUCUGCGCUGGGCUACUACGAGUUGGAGAGAAGACGCAUGCGUACUGACUUGGAGCAGCCGGUCGGGGGAAAAAAAAGCCUUAUGUGCCAUCGGAUGUAAUCAAGGCAAAGAAUUACCUCUUCUCGCUGUGCAUACAUGGUGAAAUUCCCAUGGGAUCAGAGCGGAUGGAGAUGCGAAAGAGGCAGAUGUCGGUGCAGCAGGAGUCGGCAGCGGGGGGAACUGCACCGGCCCAGCAGGGCCAGCCGGGCCAGGCCAACCCACGGGGCUCAAAUGCAUGUUGCUUCUGCUGGUGCUGCUGCUGUAGCUGUUCCUGGAACGAAGAUCGGGAUGAGAGGAGCCGAAAGGCUUCUUAUGACAUCAAGGAGGGGCCCGCAGACUGUGAAGACUGUCCUAAGCCCACACUGGAGGAGGUGCGCUCCUGGGGGCAGUCAUUUGACAAGCUGAUGUGCUGUCCGGCGGGGAGAAACUCCUUCCGACAGUUUCUUCGCACUGAGUUCAGCGAGGAGAACAUGCUGUUUUGGCUAGCCUGUGAUGAGUUCAGGAAAGAGACCAAUAAGAGUGUGAUAGAGGAGAAGGCUCGGGUCAUCUACGAGGACUACAUCUCCAUCCUCUCACCUAAAGAGGUGAGCCUCGACUCUCGUGUGCGUGAAACGAUCAACAGGAACAUGCAGGAGCCCACCUUGCACACGUUUGAUGAUGCCCAGCUGCAGAUCUACACAUUAAUGCAAAGAGACUCGUAUCCCCGCUACAUGAACUCCCCAGCCUACAAAAACCUGCUCAACACUCUGUCAGAGCAGUCCCCCGAAUCUUAGGGUGGUGAUGACCUGUGAUCUUUUAACUGUCUUUAUCCCCCCUCCCACACCCCUCACACCCCCACCCCUCAUCCUUAAGCCCUUUUUUAAAUUUUUGUUUCGUAUUUUCAGUGUAGGAUUACAUGAACCGGGCCUCGGGCCUGGCCCCUCCCAGGGAUCUCAGCGCUAUUGUGAUCUGCACCUGACCGAAGACACUCAGGUCUCAAAAUCUCCCGAGGGCUCGACAUCACAAGUACUGCUACAGAUCAACAUAGCAACACACUCCAAAGGAAUAUGAAUACAUUUUGUUUCCGUUUUCUUUCUUUUGAUAGAAAUAAUCUAUUUUAUUUGUGUUCAGAGUUUUUUAUGGUCUGUUGUUUUUUGUAUGAUUGUUUAGGGGGAAAUGAUUCCUACUGUAGACUAUAUAUUUAUGAGUUUGUACAUAGUAAAAAUGGAAUUGUGGGUAUUUUAUGUAGAAAACGCCUGGUUCUAUUUACUGCGUAUGAAAAUCAAAGCUCAAGUCAAAGGCUACAUGUUAGCUCAACUUGCAGGCAGCUUUGUGGGGUACUGUAUGACUUUACGUUAUUGGUUUCACCCUGUUUUGUUACCUAACCUCACACUUUAGUACCUGUGACAGUGACUUGGCAACUCCAGUUCAUGCAGAAACUGUGUGUGAUUGAAACAGCUAUAAAUGUGGUUAUCAGUGAAGUAACAGAAAGUGACAAUGGCUCUUUUCACAGUGUGUUUCCUUAAGAAACUUAAAUCAAUCAUGGAAGGGUACUAUAACUUUUUUUACUCAAUCUUAACCACAGAUGAUUGCCUAUUUUUUAAUUCAAGUAUUGCUCAAUGCACACCUUGUAGGUUUGAUAUAGUUGUAAUAGUGUGACAGAAGUAAUUUACCAGAUAAAGUAUUUUUUAUUUAUUGAUAUCUAUUGCCAAUGCUGUAAAGAAACUACAAAUUGUGUAAAUAUUAUGGUGGAGUAACCUAUCCUUUUAGGUUAGGUAGAUAAAUUUGCGUAACACUUCAAUUUACGGGUUCCCUUCCGUAAAAGAACUGGUACAUUUGCUUCUA